UCUUAAAGUAAUCACCCUCAUUCAAACACUUAAUAAAAAUUUUAUUCAUCAGCAUAUUGGAUUUUGUAACAAGAGUCUUUUACUCUGAUAAUCAUCUAAAGAAGAAGAAGUACUAGCCGAGUGAAUUACAUGCAUCAUGUUUGUUGCGGCAUGGUGUAUGGUAUAAGGGUCCUUCACCAGCAGAGUAACAGACAACUCUCUCUCUUCUCUCUCCCUAGUACUCUGUAUUCACGCAGAGUAAGGACCGACCAUGCUAGCUGUGGAUGAUCUCGGGUCUCAAGGGCCGUUUUAGCCUCAGCCAUAGCCAUAAUAUUGCUGACUACAUUUCCCUUGUUCAGUUGCAGAGUGUGAAUUUGGAAUAAAGAGCAGCAAGUCAUGUAGAGAAAUGAAACAAAGAAAUCAUAUAUUUUCCCCAGACUAGUAUUGGGAAGCAGAAAAGAUGGAUUCAAGAAAAUCUGUCAGAAAUCUUGCUGAAUCCCUUCAUUCCCUACUAGGGAUAAAGGCAAAUCUAACUUCCAACUGGAUUAAAUCAGUUUGUGAUAUAAUAAAAACCCUUCCAUCUGAAAAAUCAGUUGACAUGCAGCCAACCAACUCUGAUAUUAAUGAUGAUGAUAAUGAAGACGACGACGACUGCAGUGCAAUUUCAAAAAUAAAAGAUGAACUAACUGUCUUGACUAACCACAUAAACCAACUGAACAUAAAGAGGAGGCAAAUCCUAAACGAGUUCCUGGACUUGAAAGGGAACAUCCGUGUAUUUUGUAGAAUAAGACCUAUCACAUCUGGGGAGAAUUGUGGUCAUUUAAGACCAGUCGUCGCAUCGGAUUCAAAUAAAGUUGUUCUAAAGCUUAUGAACAGUAAGAGCAAGAGUUACAAUUUUGACAAGGUUCUCCACCCAGGUUCAUCCCAAGAUGAAGUUUUUACAGAAGUUGAACCCAUCAUCAAAUCAGUCCUUGAUGGUUACAACGCCUGCAUUUUUGCAUAUGGGCAAACGGGCACAGGAAAAACUUUCACAAUGGAAGGUGAUGAAGACACUCCAGGCAUAGUGCCACGGGCCAUGGAGGCUCUAUUUAAACAAGCAGUAGACAGUAACCGUGCAUUUCUCAUCAGUUUCAGUAUGCUCGAGAUAUACAUGGGAAAUCUUAAGGACUUGCUUGUCCCCAAACCAACAAAAGCAACAUAUCCUAUGCCACCUUGCCUUUCAAUACAAACAGAUCCAACGGGAGGAGUCGAAAUCGACAACCUUGUGGCCAUUAAAGUGAACGACUUCAACCAAGCUCUGAGGCUGUACAGAUUGGGCUGCCGUUUCAGAUCAACUGCCUCAACAAAUUCCAACCUGACAUCUAGCCGAUCUCACUGCAUGAUACGGGUAGCAAUAACUUGCUUCAAUGCUCCUGAAAGGCGAAGGGAAACAAAUAAAAUAUGGUUAGUUGAUCUCGGGGGAAGCGAGCGUGUACUGAAGACAAAGGCAUGGGGCAAAAGACUCAAUGAAGGAAAAGCCAUUAAUUUGUCACUCUCUGCCCUUGGGGACGUGAUUAGUGCCCUCCAAAGGAAAAGGCAUCACAUACCUUACAGGAAUAGCAAGCUGACACAAGUUCUCAAAGAUUCUCUAGGUAAUGAUUCAAAAACAAUAAUGCUGGUCCAUGUCAGUCCCAAAGAAGAAGAUUUGUGUGAGACCAUAUGUUCUUUAAAUUUUGCAACAAGGGUGAAAGGUGUUCACCUAGGAAACGACGAAACAAUUGAAGCAAAAGAGAAGAAGGAAGUUGCAAUGGCAAACCUGCAGCAAAAGAUGAAACAUAUUGAAGAUGAGUGGCUGCUUGCUAGAAGUGACAUUGAAAUAUUAAACAAGAAAUUAGAAAAUCUAACAGGGACAAGUACAUCAUCUGAGGAGCAAAUGGAGGCAUACCAUUCUUCUAUAGAAGAACCACUUACAAAGAGCAGGAUAGCAGAUAUUACAGCGAGUCCUUUAUCAAAGUUACCAAGAUUUAUGAGGCCUACCAUUUGCAGCCGAAGAAAAUCUGGGACGAGGUAUCAAACUUCUGAAGGAAGAGAUGGCACAGUCCUUGCAAGAAGGAGAAGACCAACAUUUCAUCGAGCAGAGUCUGUGAGUUUCCCUGUAAAGCAUCAUUCAGAAAACAAUUCAGACCACAGUUUUUCCAGAUCUAGCUGUUUGGCAGGGUUGAACAUGAAAGAUAGUACUGAUGAUGCAACAGAAUACAGCCAAGACACAACUGAAACUGGUUUUAAAUUUAAUGGUCUCCAAGAACAAGAAAGAGCACCAAGGAAUUUGAUUAGUCAAAAGCCAGGCAUCAGUCACAUUCAGAAAAAUAGCAGUAGACAGAUGAACAAAAUCAACCGUGUCAAAUUUUCUAAGAUUGAUAGCUGGCUACAUCUACAGAAGAGUGAAUCCACUCUAAGUGGUUGCACUCAAAGGAAAAAACGGGUUUUAGCUGUUCCUAUUCCUGAGAAGAAACAUAAGAGUACAGUAGAGAGCAAAGCAGACAAUUUUUUUGACGAGAAUGUGCAUGACUAUGCAUAUGCAAAGCAAGUUGUCAACCAUGAUGAAAUAAAUGAUCUCGCAACCACAGGGGCAGUUGGAAAGCCCAUAUCAGAAGCGGUCAUGGAAAACCCACUGAAAAUGUUAAAAGAUUUAUUUAAUGAGGACUCAAGAUCAGAUGUCACUUCUCCAUUACAGACAACCGGGGGGGAAACAAUGGUACAAAAACUACAGCUUUCUGUGGGCGAUAUAUUAGCAGGGGAUAAUGAAUACGACACUUUUUCUCCACAAGAUGGGUGUUUUCCUAGUCUUGAAGAAUGUGAGGAUGGCAACAGGGUCAAUGAUAUGUCAACUACAAAGGCACCAGAAGGCAAAAUACUCCUGCUAAAGAUCAGUGGGCGCAGUGAAUGUUGUCCAUCUGAAUUAUAUACUACUUCCGUUUGUUCAAAAAGGGAUUCUGGUGUCUCCUUUGCCGUGUUAGAACUGGAAUCAUGCUGUCAGCAAGCACCCACUGAAUCAAAUAUGGAAGACAGUGAAAGGCAAGGCUUUUACUCCUUUCAGUCGUUGGCAAAAGAGACAAGACAUGGCCUACUUCAGUUGAACUCAGCAUUAUUUAUGAACAGUGAAAAUCAUGAGAACUUAGUUGUGACAUUUGGUAAACCAGAAGGAAAAUUACAGAACACAGGAAUAUGCCAUGUUGUUAAACAGAAAAUUGAGAUUUUAUGCUCCAGUGCUCUUCUAGGAUUGGGGCUUUAUGACCUGGGACUCGACCACGAUUUCUUCUACGGUUUAAUGCUUUGAAGCAGCUCCAGCGGAUAUGUAUAUCUAUACAUUUGCCUUUCUGUCUGUAUACAAUAUGCUCAUUUCAUCUUUAUUAUCCCUACAACAUUGGGAUAUGUUAGAGCCAUUUUGCAACAAGUAUCCUUAUGUUGUAAGACCUCUGUAAUUUUAUUUUUCUUCUAUACAAUUAUAUUAAUUGUCUUGUUCAAUUUUCUGAACGAGGACUCACAAAAUGUACUGGCAGUAUUCGAUAAUUAGAACUACAUAGAAUCUUGGGGGAAGGUGUCAAACAUGCUGAUUAUUUAUUGACCCAUUUUUUUGAAAUGAAAAAGGAUCCUCAAUAUUAACAGUCUA